GUUCUUGCUCAGUGUCUUUGUCCCAGAGUAGCCCUCACGCCAGAGUGGCACACGUUGGGGUGACACACUCUGACCCCUAGGUGUCUAGCAAGCAGUGGAACUCCUACGCCAGCUGCUCCCCAAAGUGCUGGCUCCGUUUUGCAUUUCCGCCUUUAAUUUGCUUUCUUCUGAUGAGCAUUUCUUCAUGUGCUCAUUGGCCAUCUGUGUAUCUCUUUGGAGAAAUGUCUGUUCAGAUGCUUUGCCCAUGUUUAAAUUGGGUUAUCUUUUCAUUAACAAGUUGCAAGAGUUCCUUGUGUGUUCUCGACACAGGUCCUUUCUCAGCUGCACGGUUCGAAGGCCUCUCCCUGCUCUGUGGAUUGCCUUCUUCAGUGACGGCCUUCCAAACAGAAAAGUUUUUCUUUAGAUGAAAUCUGGUUCAUGUAUUUUAACUCUUGGUGCCUUAUCUAAGAAGCCACGGCCUGUGUCCAGGGUAACAUAAGAUGUAUUCCUGUGUUUUUCUCUAAGACUUCUAUAGUUUCAUAGUUUUAUGUCUUGGGGCACCUGGGUGGCUCAGUCGGUUCAGUGUCCGACUCUGGCUCAGGUCAUGAUCUCAUGGUUCGUGGGUUCGAGCCCUGCGUUGGGCUCUGUGCUGUCAGUUCAGAGCCUGGAGCCUGCUUCAGAUUCUGUGUCUCCCUUGCUGUCUGCCCCUCCUCAUGUGAUUUUUGGACUCUGUCAGUUUCUGCACAGAAGCCAGAUGAGAUUCCUCCCAUAUGAGGCCACUUCUGAGGCCACCUGGGGAGUUGGGCUCUGACCUGAACCUGUUCCCAGGCGGGAUGCAGAGAUGUGCCCUAGCGGGUCCUGGGCCCACCGGGCUAACCUUGCUUCUCUUUCUCCGCAGGCCUCCUCGCUGGAGAGGCAGAGCCCUCGCGUGGCCUCCUGCCUCACUCAUAGCCUGUGCCCCGGGGAGCCCAGCUUGCAGACAACAGCAGUGGUGUCCAUGGGCUCUGCAGACCAUCAGUUCAACCUUGUUGAGAUCCUGUCACAGAACUACGGCAUUCGGCAGGAGUGCGACCAGGCUGCAGGAGACCCAGGGAAGCCGGAGGGAGAGUUGGAGAAGGACUUCAUCUCCCAGAGCAGCGACAUGCCUCUUGAUGAACUGCUUGCCCUCUAUGGCUAUGAAGCGUCAGACCCCAUCUCGGAGCGGGAGAGCGAGGGCAGUGACACCACAGCCAAUCUCCCUGACAUGACCCUGGACAAGGAACAAAUAGCGAAGGAUUUGCUUUCAGGGGAAGAAGAGGAAGAGACACAGUCCUCGGCUGAUGACCUUACCCCGUCCGUGACCUCCCAUGAGGCCUCCGAUCUGUUUCCUAACCGGAGUGGACCCUGCUUCCUGGCUGACGCAGACAAAGAGCCUGGCUCCUCCACCUCGUCCGACACAGAGGAGGACCCUCUUCCUGCCAACAAGUGUAAGAAGGAGAUCAUGGUUGGGCCUCAGUUCCAAGCUGACCUCAGCAGCCUGCACUUGGACCGCCAUGGUGAGAAAAUCUAUGAGAAUGACGACCAGCUGCUUUGGGACCCCAACGUCCUCCCUGAGAGGGAGGUGGAGGAGUUCCUGUACCGGGCAGUGAAGCGCAGGUGGCACGAGAUGGCUGGGUCUCAGCUCCCGGAGGGAGAAACGGUGAAAGACAGCGAGCAGGUGGGGCUGCCACAGGGGCGCAGAGGGCGGUGGCGCUGUAGCACCCUGAGUCAGAGGGCAGGGCCCAUGCAAGGGCGGGAGGGGGUUUGGGAGGUGCGCCAGUGUGGUCGUGUGAUGGUGGCGAAUGAAAAACAACUUGUCAAGGGGGAAAUGAUGGUAUAAACACCCCGAUAUCCCUACCCCGGUGGCGGUGUGAACGUCCCUGACAUUCCCCACCCCAGUGGCGGUGUGAGCGCUCCUGGUAUCCCCACCC